AUGUUCAUCUCCUCAUCUCCAGUUACCCCUCCCAUAGCUUCUCCUCCAUCAUCUUCAAAAAAUUUCAUGUACCAGACUUACCAAGCCCCUGCUUUAAUCUUCAUUUUUGUUACUCUUUUGCCCAUACUGUACUGCUUAUUAUGGUGCACACUCCAUGUAGCAAUCUUAGACUUCCGAAGGCGAAGACAAUUUUCUGUCUCAACUAGUACUUCAGCUACACCAACCAUUCUUCCACUUCGAGUUUUUGAGCAGCAGCCAAGACAACAGCAUCAGCAAGUCAUGGCAAAUCAAGAGUGCCCAAUUUGCUUGGAGGAAACCGAGGUCGAGGUCGAGGUCAAGAUCGAGGCAGAGGCAGAAGCUGAAGCAGAAAUGGAGGCAAUAUCAUGGCAAUUAGUGCCAGAGUGCAACCAUAGAUUUCAUGAGUUCUGCCUGAACCGCUGGUUAAAAUUGUCACGAACCUGUCCGCUUUGCCGGGUCACUACUCAACUUGAAUCUUGUGCUGCUAUGGUUUGA